AUGGAGGAGAGUCGGGAUGUGCGAGCUGCUUUCCGAUCGAACCGCAAUCACCUGCUAGCAUGGCCUUCGCCGGAGUUAGUUGGUGUUGCUUCUCUCAAGUCUAUGGCUUUGAAUGUUGCAGUGCUAAGUGUUGCCCUCCAAGUCUGGGCUUCGACGAGCCCCAUAUGCAAGAGCAUGUCGGUGGACUGGCUCAAGGCCGAGGUGACCCAAGUCCACACUCUCUUGAACCCCGGGGUGUCCCGCAAAGCAGUUGGGAUCUACGUCGAUGCCUGGGGCCUGAAGCGGCUUGCAACUUUGGCUAUGCGCCGAUGGAGGGCACCGAUAACAUCUUUGCGAGAUCGAUCUCUGCAUGUGCUCUUCCAUAUCAUGACGGAUGCUUGGGGAGAGUAUGCUCCUGAAGCCGAUUUGGGCGAUUUGGUUGCUGCAAAUGAUGACUACUUCGAUGACGGGGAUGAUGAUGCUGGGGCUGCCGAAGCCAGUGAUAUCCCCGAAGGUGCAGAUGAGGCUCCAGAAGCCAGUGAUGUCACUGAGGUCGAAGAUGCAGCGGCUCCAGAAGCCAAUGAUGUCGCUGAGGUCGUUGAUGCAGCGGCUCCAGCUGAGGUUUCGGCUGCCUUGGAUGAGCAGCUUUUCUCCAUGCAGGGUCAACUGCAAGCCCUAGAGAGCCUAGGUAGCAAGUUACACGCGGGCCAUGUGCAGUUUCUGCAGUAUAAACCCCAAACCUCUAAACCCCAAAACCCCUCUCUCUCUCUCUCUCUCUCUCUCUCGCUCUCUCUCUGUCUCAGGUGCUCCAAGCGUCAGACCUGUCGAUCGGAAGCCGAGUGUUCCUAA